AUGAGGCUUGUUCUGGUCAAACCUACCAAUGAGACGCACCGCUUCGACUCAACUGGGGCUGAACGCAGCGCAGGCACAGGCGAAGAAGGGGUGUCGGGUCAGUGCACCGCUGAGCAGCAGCAGCGGCAGACGGAGGCAGAGCGCGGCGCAGGUGCUGUGGGGGUGUUGGGGAUGCAGCAUCACUGCGCUGGAGUUGGGAACCAGCCGGCUCAACCCACUCAGGAGCGGACGGGCGUGCAGCUGUUGACCAGCGCAACUCCUCCUACCCCUAUUCCUACUCGGCCAGGGCUGAGUCAGAGUCAGGGCGCCCCGGCGUGCGGCGGCUUCCCACCGCCUACUCCGCUCACGACGACUACGACGCACAGUCACAACCAAUCGCGCCAAAUCUCCACCACUUUGUCGCGGCACGGUCAACAGGACCUACCCAGCCCGCUACGCACCCAGGAAACCUGUCUGAACGCGGCUGAACUACAGCGGGGCGGUUCACCGACGGGCAAGAGUCACGGAGGAGACCACCAUCACCACCACCACCACCAAAGCAGGCACUCUGACCAGGGCAGCGCCAAGUUGCACCAUCACCACCACCACCAUCACCACCACUCCUCCUGGAGUCGGCAACAAGGGGGAGCGGGGAGCGCAGGAGGAGAGUCGCAGCAGCCCUCAGAGCAGCUGCCCGCGUACCAGGAGUCUCCCUAUGGAAGAUUGCCCGAAGAGGGAAACAACUCCGGUUGCCAACAACACUAUCCGUCGCGGUGCGCCCACACCAACACAGACUCCCCCGAGCUGUACUCCCGAAGUAGUCAGUCCAGAGGCGGAGAACAACAACAACAGUGGCAGAAAGCCGCCAACUGCCAACAACACGAGCAACUGGCGUGCCCCUGCAGAAGCAGAGAGCCAGCUCACAACAAGCUAUCGCAGCAUCAACAGCAGCACCAUCACCACCACCACAGCAACCACUAUAAGCUACAGCAGCAGAGCGCCUCGGGUGCCUCUACCGCCGCCACAAACUCUCAGAGUCUCGGCAAAUGUCAGGUGAGUGACGGCAGCAGCCAGCAGCAGCAGCAGCAGGUAGUUUUGUUUCAGGCGGCGGCGACCGCGGCAGCAGCAGGGGAUUCGCUACCGGGCUCGCAGCCGUUGCAGGCGCAGCAACAGCGACUGGUUGGGAGCAGUCACCCAAACUGCUGCGCCAAUGGAUCGCGGGAGCUGAUCAGACAACAGCCCUUCCCUCUGCAGCCGCACCAGCACCAGCCUUCCGACUCGCACGCACAGUGGCAGCCGCAGCAGCAAGCGUGCGACAGUGACUGCCGGCGAACUGGUGAACACAACUACACGUCUGGUUCGCGACACUGUCAGCAGCAGCAGUCCUCCUCCGCCUGCUCAAACGGCAGAUGCCCGGGGGGAGUGAGGUGCCCAUCCGCGGGAAGCAGCAUCAGAAGCGGCCGGCCUCACUCCACCGACAGCCGUUUGUGGUUGGAAAACAACCACCUGCAAGAGGGGACGCAAAGGAGUAGCAAAGGGCAUAAGGCGUAUGCGGAGGCUCGUAAGCUGAGCCAUGCGGGCUCCCAGCCCUGCCUGUCCCCCAGUGCACGCGCCUGCUCCGACACCGCCAUGAGCGCGGCCGGCUGCCGCUAUGGCAACGGCGGCGUGGGCGUGGCCGGCCGGGCGGCAGGGGGAGGCUGCAGCGGAGGAGGAGGAGUCAGAGGAGGCGGAGGAGGAGGCGCCGGGGGGAGCCUGGGACGAGGCUGCCUUGGCGGCGGUGGAUUCGGAGGAGGCGCAGGAGGUGGAGGAGGAGGAGGGUUCGGAGGAGGCUUCGCCGGAGGAGGGGGUGGGGGAGAAGGAGGACGGGUGUCGGCGUCGGCGACCGCCACCACCGUGUCCGCGUCCCGCCGCAAUCUCGCCGAGCUGGACUCGGAGACGCAGCCGCCGCCAUUACAGCCGCAGCCGCAACCGCUCCACACGCACUACAGCUCUGCCGGCAGGCUGGAGCCGCUCCACACGCUGCACAGCUCCACAGGGAGGCUGGAGGUGGUGGUGUCUAAGGGGCCCGGCGGCAGCAGCGACGACCUGCUGUACCAACACCACCAUCAGCACCACCCGCACCAACACCAACACCAACACCCGCACCAACCGCUUCACCACCACCUCCAGCACCAGCACCACCACCACCGCCAGGCCUCCUGCGAGAGCCUGCCCAGGGACGGUGGAGGGUGCGUGGGCAUGGGGAUCGGCGGGAGCAUGGGUGGUGGCGUGGGAGGUGGAGGUGGUGUUGGGGGUAGCCCCGGAGGAGGAGGUGGAGGAGGUGGGGAAGAGGAGGAGGACGUGCCCAGCAGGAGCAGGGGGAGCGUGCGGGCCGCGCAGAAGAAGAACAAGGACAUCGGCUACAAGCUGGGCCACCGGAGGGCGCUGUUCGAGAAGCGCAAGCGGCUCAGCGACUACGCGCUCAUCUUCGGGAUGUUCGGCAUCGUCGUCAUGGUCACCGAGACGGAACUCUCAUGGGGGGUCUAUUCCAAGGAGUCGUCCUAUUCAUUUGCACUGAAAUGCCUUAUCAGCCUGUCCACUGUUAUACUGCUGGGUCUCAUCAUCAUGUACCACGCCAGGGAAAUACAGCUCUUCAUGGUGGACAACGGCGCGGACGACUGGCGCAUCGCCAUGACGCAGGAGCGUGUCUUCUUCAUCGCGCUGGAGCUCCUGGUCUGCGCCGUGCACCCCAUCCCCGGCCACUACGUCUUCACCUGGUCGGCGCGGCUGGCCUUCACCUACGCGCCCUCCGUUGCCGACGCCGACGUGGACGUCCUGCUCUCCAUCCCCAUGUUCCUGCGCCUCUACCUGAUUGGCCGCGUCAUGCUCCUGCACUCCAAGCUGUUCACCGACGCCUCCUCGCGCAGCAUCGGCGCGCUCAACAAGAUCAACUUCAACACGCGCUUCGUCAUGAAGACGCUCAUGACCAUCUGCCCCGGCACCGUGCUGCUCGUCUUCAGCAUCUCCUCCUGGAUCAUCGCCGCCUGGACCGUACGCGUCUGCGAGAGGUAUCAUGACAGGCAGGAGGUGACGAGCAACUUCCUGGGUGCCAUGUGGCUGAUCUCCAUCACCUUCCUGUCCAUUGGCUACGGGGACAUGGUGCCCCACACCUACUGCGGGAAAGGAGUCUGCCUGCUCACCGGCAUCAUGGGUGCGGGCUGCACAGCGCUGGUGGUUGCCGUGGUUGCCAGGAAGCUGGAGCUCACCAAGGCGGAGAAGCACGUCCACAACUUCAUGAUGGACACGCAGCUCUGCAAACGAGUGAAAAACACGGCUGCUAACGUUCUCAGGGAAACGUGGCUCAUCUACAAACACACCAAACUGGUGCGCAAGAUAGACCACGCCAAGGUCCGCAAACACCAACGCAAGUUCCUCCAGGCCAUUCACCAGCUCAGAAGUGUGAAGAUGGAACAGCGAAAGCUGCACGAUCAGGCAAAUACGCUUGUCGACCUAGCCAAGACCCAGAAUGUGAUGUAUGACCUGGUGUCGGAGCUGCAGGAGCGCAGCGAGGAGCUGGACAAGCGCAUCGGCACCCUGGAGGAGAAGCUGGACGUGAUCGGCGGCAGCCUGCAGACGCUGCCCGGCCUGCUGUCCUCCUCCAUCCUGCAGCAGCAGAGGGACUUCCUGCAGGGCCUGGCGCACCGCGUCGUCCAGCAACAGCAACAACAGCAGGUGGUUCAGCAGCAGCAGCAGCAGCAUCAGCAGCAUCAGCAGCAUCAGCCGCGGCCCGCAUCCCAGGCCUCCGAGAGGUCGUGGACGCCCACGCGGCAGAGGAGGCGAUCGCCAUCCACCGCACCACACACCUCCUCCGACAGCGGAUAGCAGCGGUUGGACUUGGCUGGACUUGGCUAAAGUGGACAUAGAGACAUGCGACAUGACACAUACGUACUUACAGAGACAUGAUACACGAUACACGACACAUGCACACACACACACCGAUACACUCACACAGGCACGCAGACACGCACGCACAUGCACACACACACUGAACUCAUCUGAUGUCAGCCCUUACACCAUGAACCCUGCACACACACACACACACACACA